AUGCAUGUUCAGGCCAUUCAAUUCGGAGUGAUUCGGGGUGCAAAAGGCCUCCCCACCUGGGCACCUGCGGCUCGGAAAGCUAGGCUCGCAAAGGACCGAGACAGGGAUGUAAAAGGAAGCUGGCAGAGCCGGGAGUCCGUUGGCAAGGAUCUACUCUAUACAGCGGUCUAUGCGCGGUUUGUGGAUCGCUGA